ACCUGCGUGGUCGCUAAGUCACAGUUCAACUUGAGCAGUUCGUUUCGAUCUUGUAGUUUUCACCCAAUAUAAAAUCUUCUUCACACAAUGAGCUCUAGCCAGAUAGCUACAGUAGUAGCAGGAGUAUGUGGCUCCAUGUUCCUGGCAUAUUGCAUUUAUUUUGACUACAAGAGAAGGAGUGACCCGGAUUACAAGAAGAAGCUGAUAGAAAAGAGGAGACGAGAAAGAGCUCAAAGGCAAGAAGCUGACGCAGCAGAUAUGCAGUCAAGGAUACCUGAUCUAACAGACACAGCUGCAGUGCAAAAAUUCUUUCUGGAGGAGGUACAAAUUGGAGAGGAUCUUUUGACAAAAGGUGAAUAUGAGAGUGCAGUAAAGCACUUAACAAAUGCUGUUGCCGUCUGUGGCCAGCCGCAGCAGCUCCUUCAGGUCUUCAAACAAACCCUUCCUCCAGCCGUAUUCCAGAUGUUGAUUGACAACAUCAAUCAAAUGAAGGAUGUAACACAUAAGAAAGCAGACGAGCUUGGGGGUGACUCUCUGGAUUGAGAAUCAAGCAUAUGUUGAAUAUUGUGUGAGCUUGCAACACUGUAAAAUACAUUAACCCAAUAACCAACAGUACGUUAUAAUCUAAUGAAGUGGAUUUUAUAAAGGGUGGCAGAGUUUGUCCAGAAAAUAAGGGAUAACAAGGGCACAAAUCACUGUUUAGCCAUCUUUGUUUAUCCUCUGUUAAAAAGCAUUGAGUAAGACAAACUUAUGUAAGAAAGAGAAAUAAAGUACAUCCCCAGAUUUUCAAUAUUAUAAUCUUGGUAGGAGGACCUGUCACAAAGACACUACUAUGCCAAGAAGCAGGAAAUCUGCAUUGGUUUGAAAUUCAAUGUGUCAAGCAAUUUUUUUUCCAUGUUUUGAUCUUUGUGAUUUUCUAUAUUGGUAUGGAAAGUUCCCGGUCUUUUAACCAGGUCAAACAAAUCUGGCACUUGAGUAGCUGUCAAAGCUCAGCAAAGGUUGAAGAAAUUACUUUUAAGACCAGGAGGAAUUGAACUUUUAAAACCAUGUGUGUAAAAUCAUUUGAGGUGAAUUGAAAAUUUGUAUUGCUAUUAUCUUUUAUCAAAUGUCUACAAAACUACCAAAGCUGAAUUGGAGCUUUGCUUAUGGUAACCACACCAGGCUAAUAAAAACCUCAACUGACAAAAGUGAAUAGAAUCUAGAAUCCACACUAUUUAACAGACCAUCCACUCUAAAUUAUCAGUCAUCCUUGAAGAAGCUUCCGAAGAUGCUCUUCUUUUACUAUUUUGAAAGAUUUUUUUCCGUUCACAAUCAUUAGAGAUUGUUUUGUAAUCAUUGACUCGAAGUAAUCUGGUGCAACUUCUGCUUUAACAAAGUAAAAGAAAUGUAAUCCAGGAUGGUACUGUUUAAGAAUUUCAUCUCAACCCAUCGAUUGUUGCCAUAUUUCCUUUGAGAAACGGAAAUAAAUGUUGAGACUAUAAGUUAUAGAAUCAGGUCUUUGAGCGUGUGCCCAUGAGUACCAUUACACAAUAGGUAGUCUUGUUCAAAAUUUCUUUGUACCUAUUGUGUAGACACAUAAAUACAGGGAAGCCUUUGCUAUUAGAGAACCAUUUGAAAUUUUUAAUUGUUCUAUUAUAAGUUGGUAUGCGAAUGGAAUGGAUUUAUAAAUCCUUAGUUUGCCUGUCCAGUGGAAAAUAUUAAGAUAAAGAUUUAUUUCACUGGAGACCUCAUAGUAAAUAAUUGUUUAUUUGUAAGGAUAGCAUAAAUAGUUUGUUAUUAAAACUUCCGUUUAAAAUCAUUAGAGAUUGUUUUGUAAUUAUUGACUCGAAGUAAUCUGGUGCAUUUAUGCUAUUAAAAAUUUAAGCUUUCUCAUUAAAACUUGCAGUUUUAUGUACA